AUGCGUUCGUCGAUUUUUAUUUUACACAUAUUAUCUGGUACAAUAUUCUGGCACGUUCCCAUUGAUGCGCGAUCAGUUUUAGCUAGUCAUAGCCAUCCAUCUGAUGUUAAACAUUUUGAACCAGAAUUAGAUACAAAUAUUGGUCAUUGGUCACCCAGCACCAGUUCAAUCGAUUGGUGUGAACGUAAUUAUGUUGUAACCCAGUAUAUUACUGAAUUUUGGAAUUGUCUUUCAAGCUUUUCUAUGUGUAUAUUAGUUUGGGCUUUGUAUUUGUCGGACUCGGAUCUGCCUAUUUUCAUGGUACUCUCACACAUUUAG